UACUGGUCCAAAAAAAUGUUCUGCUUCGCCCGACGUGCACAUGUCGCGUUCUUCGCUGCAGCCAUCAUUUACGGACUUGCGUAUCUACCCGCUACGGAUGUCUUUCCACCUAAGACAAAGAAGAGCAACUACCUCGAACUAAUGCUACAACCGCUAAAGAGCAUCAGUGUUAUUCCUUUUGCACACAUACACAGGGUAGACACCGACUGGACCGCUGUGACCCCUUGGGCUUACGUCUAUUCAGCCUAUAUCGACGAUCGACUCGGAGAGCAGGGCGUUCUCUUGCGAAUCGUAGGGGCAUUGAAUGCAAGCUUUCCAGACGCUUACGAUUUCCAGUGCAUCGUUAGGAAAACGGCGUAUACGGCUUCAGUCGAAGUGAUCUUGGAAAACCACAACCAGUCUUUUAGUGCCGUGUUCUUCGUGUGCAAGCUCGGUAAAUCGAAAUAUAAGCGCUUCCGAAAAAUCACUUUUAUUGUGCGCAAGUCGCGGGAACCAGUAAAGGAAGUGUCGCUGCGGAUAGCAAACAGUCCAGUGGAUAGUCCUUCCAAAUACGAAGGACAAAUCAUCAUUUGCGUCAGGCCGUUCUUCCACGGAAGACCCGCGAUUACGGAAUUCGCCCAGUUCCUCGCCUACUACACGGUCCACGGAAUAAGGCACUUCGCGUUCUACCACGAGUCCACUGUAUCGCCUCACGUGGAACAGUUCAUGUCGCGUUUACCGAAGAAAUAUCGCUUCACCUACCUGCCCUGGUCGCUGGACGUCCGGGAUGUAGUGUGGCACAGAGGACAGCUUGGAUUCCUCCAGGAUUGUCUGUACAGGCACAUGAGGCGAUUCGAAUACGUCGCCGUAGUGGACCUCGACGAGUUCCUGUUCCCUUUUCCGUCGGAAUCUGGUGAGCCAGUGUCCCUCUCAGAGUUCGCCAACACCUUGCCCCGCGACAAGACGUGUUUUCUUUUCCGACACGUCUGUUUGCCUCCGUCUGGCAACCCUGGAAAGCUGUAUAUUUUUGAGAGCACAACGAGAGAGGCCGGCAUAUGGGAACCGAAAGCACGUUCAAAGUAUCUGGCCAGACCCGUAGGACUGGUAGAAGGAUGGGUCCACGAGUGUAGACGAUUCGUGAAGCUACAAUGGGGCGAGUAUGUUGUCGAGAAUGCGCUCUUAUUUCAUUAUCGAAACUUCACAAUAAGCGGAAAUCUAACGAAAGAUACGCGCAUGAUGGUGUGGAAGAAACAUGUGGAAGAGUCAGAUGUUAUGGAAGUGUACCGGCGGUACAAUACGAGCACGUUUUAAUGUCAGGAACAAUCUGAUUUACGGACUGCAUGGUACGCAGAAUUAUAGUUCGUUUCGUUAUGUUAACAGCGUAUACCUCUUGCUCCCGGUUUACUAGACCACUGGUUCUCCAGAAACAAAAUAGGUGUGACGCAAUGAAGGAAUAUUAAAUGUCUGCAAUGAUGGUGUUUAUAAUUUA